AUGGAGGAGCGAUCUUCAUCAUCGUCGCAGCGUGGAGGCAGUCGGGAGAUGCAGGGUCCACGCCCGGCGCCGCUCAAGGUCAGCAAGGACUCACACAAGAUCAGGAAGCCGCAGCAGCUCCGGCAGCCGGUCAUCAUCUACACCAUGUCGCCCAAGGUCGUCCACGCCAACCCCGCCGACUUCAUGUCCGUCGUGCAGCGCCUCACCGGCGCCCCGCGCACCACGGCUCCCACGGCCACGCUCCCACUCUUCGCGCAGCCUCAGUCCAGCUCGUUCCCGUUCCAACUCCAAGAUGCCUGGCCGCUCGAGGCCCAGCAGCAGCACUCGCCCGCCGCGCCCGCGCGUCUCGCCUCCAUCGAGCAAGCGGCAGCACGGAGCUCCUCCGGCGGCGACCAUGCAGUAGUAGGGCUGCCGCCGUUGCCGAGCAUCCUGUCGCCGGUGCCGGGGUCCCUGCCAGCUAUCCCAGCGAGCUUCUUCUCCCCGCCGGCCACGGCCAGUGCGUUGGGCGAGCUGAUCAGCCCACCAUUUCUUGGCGCUGCGCCGUCGCCGUCUCCAAUGGGUGGCGCUGGCGCCUACUAUUGGGAUAUCUUCAACAACAUCAACAUUAUGCAGCAUCAGCAGCAGCAAUACCACCAUCAAAACUAA